GAUUCGAUGGCGUACGCGACGCCCCGACCUCGAUUCCUCCCCCCUUCCCAUCUUUCCUCUCUCUCUUAAUCCCACCCUCCCUUCCGUUUUAUCCCUAUCUCGUAGUUUCUUGCCUUCUUGCCCGAGUUUAUUCCUCCCUUUCCUCCGGCUCUAAGAUCCCCUUAUUCCCCUUUAUUCCACUCCCCCUUCCGGUCCGUUCGAAGCGAUAUCCCAUUAUAUUUCAGCGCCUCGGUCGUCCCAGGCUUUUCUUGUUCUCGUGCUGUUGUUCUCCAUGGAUUUGGCGGAGCGGGCACGGAGGUGCCAUGAGUACGUGGAGGCGCUCGAGGAGGAGCGCCGGAAGAUCCAGGUGUUCCCGCGCGAGCUCCCCCUCUGUCUCCAACUCGUCACCGAAGCGAUUGAGAGCAUUAGGGUGCAGAUGGGGAGCAGCGAGGAGACGGUGACGGACGGGCCCGUGCUGGAGGAGUUCAUCCCCUUGAAGCCGACCUCCUCUUCGAUCGAAGAGGAGAAAGGCGGCUCCAUGGAGAUGGAUCAAGAGAGAUCGGAUACGAAGCCGGAUUGGCUCCGAUCCGUCCAGCUCUGGAGCCAAGACCCAGACCACUCGCUCCCUAAAGCGGAGCCUCCGAAGAAGCCGAUCGCGGUGAAUGCGAAGAAGAUCGGCGGAGCCUUCCGCCCAUUUGACAGAGAAAAGCACGUCCCGGCGCCGGUGCCGUCCGCGGCGGCGCCCGCGAGCUCUACUACGGUUGGCGGAGGAAGCAGCGGCGAGAAAGAGAAGGAUAAGGAAGGCCAGUCCCAGCCUCACAGGAAGGCGAGGCGGUGCUGGUCGCCGGAUCUCCAUCGCCAGUUCAUCCACGCCCUCCAGCAGCUCGGAGGCUCCCAUGCCGCGACGCCGAAGCAGAUCCGGGAGCUGAUGAAGGUGGACGAUCUCACCAACGACGAGGUCAAGAGUCAUUUACAGGGUGCCAACAGAGCAUCCCAUGCAUCGGGACUUAUUCAGACUUUAGGGAGACCCUUCCUGUCGCUAGAAAUACAGGCUGCACAGUAGACGGCCAAGCCCCGCAGUCCAGAGCAGCGGCACCAGCAGCCCCCCGACUCCCCAGUAUGUAGUGGUUGGCGAAAUAUGGGUCCGGCCGCCGGAUUAUGCAGCAGCUGCGGUUGCAACAGCAGCACAACCAGCCAAUGGAGCUGGUGGAAUCUAUGCUCCUGUUGCAUCGCUGCCAUCGGAUUUGAGACAUCAACAGCAGCAGGUUAAGCAGCAGUCACAUAGGUCUCCCACCGGGCCACUACAUUCACAAGGUAGAUGCAGUGGAGAUGACGGUGCUGCCAACUCUGCUUCCCCUACUACCUCGUCAUCUUCUCAGACCACAACAGCUUCACCUCCCUUUUGACCCUUCGGAGAGCAGCCAGAUAGCAUUUUUGGAGUUUGCUUUUUUGUGUUUUCUGUGAUGAAAGUAAAUAAAUAGAAGCAUAUAUGUAUGAAAGUUUAUUUUGUUGUUUCUCUAAUGACCUGUAUGUGAAACAGCGACUGGAAGUUAAAACAUCAUCAGUAGAGGUUGCUACCUUGCUGCUGGUGUAUUUUGCUCCUCUUCUUAGCUCUAUCCUCAGUUAUCGUUUGAUUCCCAAGGUUUUAUAUAUAUCUACUGCUAAUUAAUUUCUCCA